CAGAAACAGUCCAGUCUCAGCCAGUCGUCAAGUGGGGAUGUGAACAUUUCUGUAAAACUCUGCAAAACUUCCUCCUCAUCAUGUCUCCCAUCCAUCAACAACCAAAUUCUUCUCAGCCAUUAUCCUUCAUGGACCUUGCUGCAGCAAACUUCACAGUCACUGAUCAUCCAACCACCAUCACCUUCACUACCUCUGCCACUAACACCACUGGCAACCCAGCCGCUAACUUCUUCAACGACUUGCUCAACAAGAUCCCUCUGCCUCGAUGGGCUGUCUACACCAUCUUUGUGGCUGGCGGUCUGCUGAUUCUGCUCUGUUGUCUGUGUAUCUGCAUCAAGUGCUGCUGCAAAGGGAAGAAGAAGAAGCGGCAGAAGAAAAAGGACGAGCAGAUCAAUUUGAAGGGGAUGGAUGGCAAAACAACCACAGCUCUGGUUCAGCCAGAUGUGGGAGAUGUUGACUACGGCUCGACCAAAAAGCAGAGAGGAAAGCUGCUGUACUCGCUGGAUUACAACGCCGCUCUUUCUGAGCUCACAGUGGGCAUCAAACAAGCAAGCAGCCUGAAGGCCAUGGACAUAGGAGGAAGUUCAGACCCGUACGUCAAAGUGUACAUCUGCCCCGACAAGUCCAAAACCUACGAGACCAAAGUGUUCAGAAGCACACUGAAUCCAGUCUACAACGAGCAGUUCACCUUCCAGCUGUCCAAGUCUACGCUCCUGAAGUCGGUCGUAGUGAUGAAGGUGUUCGAUUUCAACCGAUUCUCCAAACACGAAAUCAUCGGUGAGCUCAGGUUGCAGCUCUGCAAUGUGGACUGGAACCACGUCAUCGAGGAGUGGCAGGACCUUGCCGAGCCGGCCAAAUUCGAGGAAGAAAACCUGGGGGAGAUCUGCUUCUCUCUGCGCUAUGUUCCCACUGCCAGCAAACUGACUGUAGUGAUCCUGGAGGCCAAAAACUUGAAGGGCAUGGAUGUUGGAGGAUGUUCAGAUCCAUAUGUGAAGGUGCAGUUGGCUCUGGACAAGAGGAAGUGGAAGAAAAGAAAGACGUCAAUAAAAAGAAAGACGUUGAACCCUUAUUACAAUGAAUCCUUCACUUUUGACGUGACAUUUGAACAAAUCCAGAGGGUCAACCUGGUCAUCUCCGUAUGGGACCAUGAUGACAUAAGCAGGAACGACGCUUUGGGGAAGAUUUUUCUGGGUUGCGACGCCACAGGGAACCAGCUGAGACACUGGGCUGACAUGUUGUCCAACCCGCGGCGGCCGGUCGCUCAGUGGCACAGCCUGCUGUCAGCCGAGCAGGUCAAUUCCACCUUGACCCUGAAAAAAAAGAUUCCCAUCCCCAGCAAACUGGUUGAAAACACACGGUGGAGCUCGAAAUAAGAACAUUUCAGAUGCACAAAACCAGUGAAGGGAGAUUUAAACAUCAUUUAAAGUUCACGUCUAAGAGAAAUGAAAUUUGUUAAUCUGUCUGAUUACAUUGUGUUACGUAAUAAGAUUCACAAAUAUAUUUUCAUAUAAAUCCAUAAAAUGAUAAAUUAUAUUUUACAAAUCUGAGCACUUCUUUCUUGCUGUAUGAACACAUUAUCUCUUCUUCGUUAUAUUUUAAGGUUGCAUAAUAUCUAUUAAACAUGUUAUCUAAUUUAAUCACACU